ACUUAAUAUAUGCUCCAUCAACAAUCAAAAUUACAUAAAAAGAAGACAUUUUUUAAUAUAUCAAGUAAAUGUAAAAAUUAAAUUAAAUUAACCAAUGAUUAACCUCUUACUUUCACUUAUUAGAAUUUAUGAGAAACGAUGCUUCUCUUUCAUUCCCCCCUUUUCCCCACUAGUGCAAUCAUACAUGAAACAGUGUCAUCAUUAGUAUAUUUAUAUGUUUAUCCACAUCUACCACAUAAAUAUAAGUAGAAAAGAGUUAAUAGAGCAUCUCCUUCCAAGCAAGCAAAAACAAAAGAAAAAGAAGAAGAUGAAAGCCCAUAAUUGUUAACAGAUCUAUACAGUAUACAGUAGUACAAUACUGUCAUACAGUACUAACGGGUCAAUUACCUAACUGUGAUCAUAUAGUGGGUUUACUAACAAACCAGUAACUCAACUUUGAAUUUUAAUGAAUUUGUUAAUAUCAUCCGCAAUAACAUGCAUAAUAAUCAUUAUGUUCGUGUCAAUCAAGUAAUUUUUAUUAGAAUAGUCUAUAUGAACGUGUCAAAAUGUAUUUAAAUUAAUACGUUUAAGGCCCAUACAAAUCCCCUAAUUAUCUACCAGAUAGUCGGAUGAUAGGAUGAUGAGAAAAUAAUAUGAUUUGUAAUGAAAUUUUCGUAAUGCGUUUAGUUCAGAUUGAGUAUAAUCAUAAAUUAAACCGUCUAUAUAAGUUAGUUAAAUCUUCAUGACAUAUUUACAUAGUAUAUUUUGUUAUCAUGCUAAUAUAGACAGUAUGGAUGAUAAUGAAUUUUUUUUUAGCAUAAUAAGUUAAUAACGCUAUUAUAUUCGUGUUAUUUAAAACUUCAUCGGAAAAUACGUAAAAAAAUCAAAGAUAAUGUACCAAUUCUUCAGUGUAAAUUGUACGAAGAUUAAACUGAGAAAAUUCACUAGUGACAAGGGCUAGCGUGUCAAACGACGGCGUAUCGCAGUGCUGAAAAGAAAAGAGGCGGCCCCUCUCUCUCAAAGGCCAAAAGCCCACAUGGGGUUGUCGAAGAUUGAGGCAGCGAGUGGCAUGACACGCGCGUCCAUCCCGCGGGUAAGAUUAAAAGAAAAAGAAAAGGAGGGAAAGGGCCAAAAAAUCUUAUCUUCAAAGGUGGCACCUCACGUAAAUACUUGUGCCAGCGGAUGUCAUUUUUCCCCCCUGACACCACCAUUACCGCCAAGCAAGGGACACUGUGUGAAGAAGAGAGGGGGAAAAAAAAGAAGAAGAGAAAUUCAGGACCGGGAAAAAGAGGAAAAUUAAUACGAGUGUCUUGGGGCGAAUCUAAUCUCCUUUGAGAGAGGGUCUCUCUUUGGACUCUUCCCUUCUUCCUUCCUCCCGCUUCGUUCAUCCAUGGCUAGCUCGCUAGAUUUCCCUUGCCCCCCACCACCUGUAAUGGCGUCGUCUCCUUGAUUCCCAGAUCCCAUUUCUAUUCGACUCUCUGCUUACCCUUCCUCCAACCAAAACCAAAAGAUAGGAGAAAAAAAUUCCUCCCUUUUUCCGCCCUUUUUUGUUGUACUAAUAAUCACUCUCUGAUUCAGUCAAUUAUCAUCCAUCCAUUUCGCAGAAAAGAUUCCCCUUUCCCCCGAGUAAAAGAUUUUCGACUUUCGCAACUCCAUCCAUCCCCCCACUUCGCUAAUUCCAGCUUCCCCACCCCUUCUUAUCAGAUCUGUUUCUCUUUCGAGCUGAAAUCUAGAUCUAGGUCGAGUCCAGAUUCGAUGCCCGUCUGAAGGAGAGGAUAGGGCGAGAGAGAGGAUGAAUUACUUCCCGGACGAGGUGUUGGAGCACAUCUUCGAUUUCGUGGGUUCCCACAAGGACAGGAACUCGGUGUCCCAGGUUUGUAAAUUGUGGUAUAGGAUCGAGAGUUACAGCCGGCAGACGGUGUUCGUGGGGAACUGUUAUGCGAUUGGGCCGGAGAGGGUCGCGGAGAGAUUCUCGGGGCUGAAAUCGAUUACCCUCAAGGGGAAGCCUCAUUUCGCUGACUUCAAUCUUGUCCCUCCGGACUGGGGAGGCUUCGUUUACCCAUGGAUCGAGGCUUUCGCUAGGAGCCGGGUCGGGCUGGAGGAACUCCGGCUGAAAAGGAUGGUUGUUUCUGAUGAAAGCUUGGAGUUACUGUCUAGGUCUUUCCCUAAUUUCAAGUCUUUGGUUCUGGUGAGCUGUGAAGGGUUCACAACUGAUGGGCUAGCAGCUGUUGCUGCUUAUUGUAGGCAACUGAAGGAGCUGGACUUGCAAGAAAAUGAUGUCGAGGAUCACAGAGGGCAUUGGCUCAGCUGCUUCCCUGAAAGCAGCACAUCUCUUGUCUCACUCAAUUUUGCGUGCCUCAAAGGAGAUAUUAAUUUGCCUGCUCUCGAAAGGCUCGUAGCUAGAUCCCCCAAUUUGAAGAGCUUGAGGUUGAGCCGUGCAGUACCUCUUGAUGUACUUCAGAGGAUACUGAUUCGAGCGCCCCAAUUGUUGGAUUUAGGAGUCGGCUCUUAUCUUCAUGAUCCAGAUUCCGAGAACUACAAUAAACUUGUAACCGCCAUUCAGAAGUGUAAAUCUGUUAGGAGUCUGUCUGGGUUUCUGGAUGUUGCUCCCCAUUGCCUGUCCGCUUUCCACGUUAUCUGCCCUAACUUGACCUCCUUGAACUUGAGCUAUGCCCCAGGAAUUUAUGACAACGAGCUCAUAAAGCUCAUCCGUCACUGCCACAAGCUCCAGCGCUUAUGGAUACUAGAUUGCAUUGGUGAUAAAGGGCUUGAAGUCGUAGCUUCUACCUGCAAAGACCUUGAGGAGUUACGUGUCUUUCCAUCUGAUCCCUAUGUUGGACAAGCUGCUGUCACAGAGGAAGGCCUGGUCGCCAUCUCAAGAGGCUGCCAGAAGCUCAACUCGAUACUUUACUUCUGCCAACAGAUGACCAAUGCUGCACUCAUAACAGUUGCCAAGAACUGCCCUAACUUUGUCCGGUUCAGGCUCUGCAUCCUGGACCCCACGAAACCUGAUGCAGUGACCCAGCAGCCGCUCGAUGAAGGUUUCGGUGCAAUAGUCCAAGCAUGCAAGGGUCUGAAAAGAUUGUCCCUUUCUGGUCUUCUGACCGACCAAGUAUUUCUCUACAUUGGGAUGUAUGCAGAGCAGCUGGAGAUGCUGUCGAUAGCCUUUGCAGGGGACAGCGACAAAGGGAUGCAGUACGUGCUGAAGGGUUGCAAGAAGCUGAGAAAGCUGGAGAUAAGGGACAGUCCCUUUGGUAAUGCGGCACUUCUGAUGGACGUGGCUAAGUACGAGACAAUGCGAUCCCUUUGGAUGUCGUCCUGUGAGGUCACGCUGGGAGGGUGCAAGGCUCUAGCAAAGAGGAUGCCCGGGUUAAAUGUAGAGAUUAUAAAUGAGAAUGAUCAGAUGGAGUUUGUUGGUGGGUGCGAUGAUGAUAGGCAGAAGGUGGAGAAGAUGUAUUUGUACCGUACUUUGGCCGGACAGAGGAGAGAUGCUCCGGAGUUUGUGUGGACGUUGUAAGUUUCUGAGGUAAGCUCAAUGUUGGUAAACUGAUGGUGAUGGAUUGCUGCUGUACUUCGUUGUAGGCCGACUGAUCGAUAGCUAUAAUGGAUGUUCUACUUAUGUAUGGUUUUUGAAGGGGUUCAUGGUGGUGCGGUGGUGUUAUUUGUUGCACUUUGGGUCUUAGUUUUGUAAGAGAUUUGGAUAUGGGCUUCUAGCCUUCCUUUUCUUUAUUGGUAAUUCAUAAAAUGGAGUUGGUAAUUCAUAAUAUGUAGCGCGUCAGGAUUAUGCUGAUUUGCGAGUUGUUGUAUGAUAUAAUUACAGCUUCAGCUUUAGUUCAGCCUCACUUGGUUUUAGGCCUUAGAGCUUAGUGAUGUUUGGCUCACAAUCCUUGUUCAGGUAGCCUGAGAUGUAGGGCUGCAACUGCAAAUGAGUCAGAGCUUCUCGCGAGUGGCUCGAGGCUUAGCUCGUUUACAAAUGGGUCGAGUUUGAGCUAUCUCGCUAGUGGUUUGAGGCUUAGCUCGUUUACAUACGGGUCGAGUUUGAGCUACAGCUUGCGAAGCUUCUAGCUAGCUCGAUUCGGUUGCUUGUUGAGCUAAACUCGUGAGCUGGCUCGUUUAGAGCUCAUAAGAUGUCUUAACAUUGUGGCUAGAUGCAAUCUGUCUACCAACUUAUCAGAGAAUCGGUCUCCAUCUUAUGAUUUGAAUUUUGACAAUUCACAGGUUUGUUAAACUAUAUAUUUUACUCGGGUUAAUUACAUGGUUGGUCACCGAGAUUACAAAAAUUGUUCAAGUUUGGUCACUCGAAAUAUUUAAAUCCAUUGGUGGUAUUUCAGUUUACUGAAACCGUUUACGUUUGGUCACUCUCCGUCCAACUCUUUUAAUUUUUGCUUACGUGGCAGCCAACUCUAAAAAUUGACCGUUAAAUGUGUGAUGUGGCAAUUUAAAACUAAUAAAAUUAAUUUUUUUAAAAUUACCAUCUCAUUAGUCAUUCCCACCUCAUUAUCACUUUUACUCUAUAUGAUGUUUAAGAUGUGAAGUAUGUAAGCAAAUGUGUCUUUUAAUUAUGAAAAUAAAUUAUUAUAGAUUGAUUCAAUACUAUAUCAUACAAAUCUUAAUAUUUAUUAACUAAAUAGUUUGAUACUAAUAGAGCAGAACAUGAGAU